AUGGGAUACACUGACCCUUCGUCAAGCAGGGAUUUGCUGGGAAACAGAACUUUGUUCUUCAUAUUCAUCUGCGCCUUUGCCGUGGUCACCUUGCUGCAGCAGAUCCUCUACGGGAGAAACUAUCUCAAAAGAGGGCUGCAGUUUAGCUGGCAGAAUGGAGAGGAGUUGGCAAAUUGGACCGGCACCUUUAAUUUCACGGAUGACGGAGCAGUGAAGAGUGGCAGUGACACAGGCACCAGGUAUUUUGAGUUUUAUGAAGGGCCUUUGGAAUACAACUCCACCAAAUGCCUGGAAUUACGACAGGACAUCAUUGAGGUGAAGGUUUUGUCUAUGGUGAAACAAACUGAAUUGUUUGACAGGUGGAAGAGCCUACAGAUGUGCAAAUGGGAGAUGAAUGUCACAGAAGCUAACCUAUUCAAGUCUGCUUUGUCAAGGUGUUGCAAUGCCCCUGCCUUUCUGUUCACCACCCAGAAGAAUACUCCCUUGGGAACUAAACUGAAAUAUGAAGUGGAUACUAGUGGAAUCUUCCAUAUCAACCAAGAAAUCUUCAAAAUGUUUCCAAAGGAUAUGCCAUACCACCGCUCCCAGUUUAAGAAAUGUGCAGUGGUCGGGAAUGGAGGAAUUCUGAAGAACAGCAGAUGUGGCCGAGAGAUUGACAGUGCAGACUUUGUGUUUCGAUGCAAUUUGCCUCCUAUAUCUGAGAAAUACUUCACAGACGUUGGGGUAAAGACAGACGUUGUGACAGUCAAUCCCAGUAUAAUUACAGAGAGAUUUCAUAAGCUGGAGAAAUGGAGGAAGCCUUUCUAUGAUGUGCUCCAGGUCUACGAAAACGCCUCUGUGCUGCUGCCGGCUUUCUACAACACCCGCAACACGGACGUCUCGAUCCGGGUCAAAUACGUCCUGGAUGAUUUUGAAUCUCAGCAAGCUGUUUACUACUUUCAUCCCCAGUAUCUCAUCAAUGUCUCACGCUACUGGCUUGGCCAAGGGGUGCGGGCCAAGCGGAUUAGCACGGGACUGAUCCUGGUGACUGCUGCCCUGGAGCUCUGUGAAGAGGUCCACCUCUUUGGCUUUUGGGCCUUCCCCAUGAACCCCUCAGGGAUUUUUAUAACUCACCACUACUAUGACAAUGUGAAACCUCGCCCUGGUUUUCAUGCUAUGCCUUCAGAAAUCUUCAACUUUCUUCACAUGCAUAGCAAGGGGAUCCUGCGGGUUCAUACAGGGACCUGUAGCUGCUGUUGA